AUGUCCGCCCGCACCGAAUGCACCACCCACUUCCUCGCCACCGGCGAGUACUGCCCCGUCUGCGACCUCACCUCCGUCGAGAUCGUCAUCUGGUUCGGUCGCUGGAUGUGGUCCAACAGCCCCCCCGUCAUCGGCGCAGAGUCAAAACAUAAUAUCAAGCUCUGGGAUGAUGAUGUCGACCGGUGGGACUACAAGACACCCUGGUGGAAGCGGUUGAGGAAGGGGAAGCCUAAGAAUGGGAAGGUCCACGUGCCGAAGGGGACGGAUCCGGCGUGGCAUUGGGGUUAG